AUGCCCAAGGCAGACAUCAACAAGGCAGGAUGGGAACAAUCGGAAUUCCCUAUCCUCUGCGAAACAUGUUUGGGCUCGAAUCCCUUCAUUCGAAUGUCAAAACAAGAAUUCGGACGCUCAUGCGGAACGUGUGCCCGCCCAUUCACCGUCUUCCGCUGGAACCCUGGUGAAGGCGCCCGCUACAAAACCACUGUCAUCUGCCAAACCUGCGCGAAAGUGAAGAACAUUUGCCAGACGUGCUUGUUGGAUUUAGAAUUUGGGUUGCCGACCCAGGUUAGGGAUACGGCGCUGGGGGUAACGAAUGACGCACCUACCAGUGAUGUGAAUAGGGAGUACUAUGCUCAGAAUAUGGAGGCUAAGCUCCAAGAUUCUGGUGGAAACAAAUCGGGCCUGGACAUUACCCGCACCUCAAUCGCAGGAAAAGAAAUGCUGAAGCAACUCGCUCGAACAGACCCUUACUAUAAACGCAACCGCCCUCACAUCUGCUCCUUCUUCGUGAAAGGAAAUUGCACAAGGGGGAGCGAAUGCCCCUACAGACACGAAAUCCCAGCCGAAACUUCAAAGGUCGGAGCUCAGCAGAGCAUUCAAGACCGGUACCACGGGACGAACGAUCCAGUGGCAAAGAAGCUUUUGACAACGUAUGCUGAAUCGAUGGGUCUGGCUGCUCCAGCUGAUACGUCAAUCACUUCGCUGUUCAUUUCCUCAUUACCGGCAACAGCAACAGAAGAUACUGUUCGAACAGCGGUUGUGCAAUCUGUACCUUCCCUCGAUCCUCAAAAGAUUCGGUCAAUUGUACACGUUGCAAAGUCUCGAUGUGCGUUUGCAAACUUCAGGGAUAGGGAAAGCGCGGAGCUGGCUGCUCUCGCCUGGGCGAAAGGAUUGGAGGUUGAUGGCCAAAAGGUCAAUGUCAAGUGGGGCCGAAGCAGGCCAGCCAAACCGCCGGCCAACGAGAUUACACCCUCAGGAUCAUCGAGUGUCGCCACUGCUUCAUGA